CUGUUCUACUUUUUGGCUGUUCAACAACUAACAUAAUUUGGCGUGUAACAAUUCUAUUACAGUCCAUGUGUUUAAUAUGUAUGAACUUUUACCAGUGAUUUUGUCAACAGCUUUCCUGGCACCCGACAGUUCUCGGCUCAGCACGUAACCCAUAGUAUACUGUCUCGGGCUGUCUGUGUGCACUGACUGACGAGUGGGAUUGCCCACAGCCAGAGAUUGCGAGACUCGCCGGGAAGGAGAGGGGCGGGAUUUCAACUUUGCAACGCGAUUGGAAAAUAAACUUCACUGGAGGGGCAGAGAGAGGAGAGACCAAGCCACGGAUGUGUGAGGUGUCCCGCACUCUCCGCGUGUUUAGGGAGUGAUUUGGACGUUACUAUUUUAGAAAGCCACCUCCGCCUGUAAGGAUUGCCAAGCUUGUAUUUUUUUUAAUCCAGUCAAAGCUUUCGUCUUCCUCUCCCAUAAGCGACGCUGUCCUUAUUGUUUCUCUCAAAACAAAGACUGUCGGCUGCACGUGUAGGGCUUUUUCUCCAGUUUGUCCUAAAUUGAUAUUUGAAGUCGUUCGGCGGGUGUGAACCGAUCCCUCCGAGGCGAAUGAAAACAUCCGUUCUGACAGUUGGACUGCUGGUAAUCGCUUCUUCGAAGUGCAUGGAGGAGGGAAUGUAGUUAACUUUUCCUUCACCACCUGGCAUACUGCUCCAACUUAAACUGGACGCUUGAGAUGCUUUCCUCCAGGUGAUUGCCCCCCCUCCUCCCUUCCUGAAGUCGAGAUCCCCUUGACAAGUCGGGAACAAAGGAGUCGUCUCUGAGAGGCAUUCGGCCCGGUGAGGACGACUAGCCGCCCUGUGCUGGUGAACAGGAAGAGGUCAAAGGGAAGGCAGAUCAGUGUCCAAGGGUCGUUACCAUGGACGCGGUGGAGACCAUCUCGACGAUGGAGUCCAAAGCGGAGCGAAUCGCCCGCUACAAGGCGGAGCGGCGGCGUGAGCUGGCAGAGCGUUACGCCAACAUGGAGGAGCUCAGCAGCAAAUACUCACGCCCGGAACGACAGAGGGAGAAGGCGCCAGACACAGUAGGGGACACUGGGAACAGAGGGAACUCUGGGACAGAUGACCCUUCAGGGGGUCGGAGUUCACCCGUAUCCCGAGGUGGCCUAAGAGGAAGGAGGGGGGAGAAGGAGAGUGACCCGGAGGCCGAGGCCGAGGACGACGCCCAGACCGCCCCCAAAACCACACCUGCGCCCGGGGAAGAUGGAGACAGUGCACUGGGGUACACCCCACGUCGGGAGCGGUUGGAAGUGGAGGAAGCCCGGAAGCCAAAGGCUGACCAAAAAACAGACAACCUUGCCAAGACAAGCAUCGCUGCCAAGAUGUCUCUGUUUAAAGAGCUGGAGAAGACGUCCGUCCACGACGUUUCCACGGGCGACGGCACCAAGAAGGGUGGGAAUCACUCUGGAAAUGUGAGAGGGCAUGACUCUCAGCCAAUCAGAAGCCAGGAAUUGCAAGCGACGUCCAGUCCUUCUCAGGGUUCAUUAAAUGAGGAUGAGGAGCAGAGUGAAGACAAACUGAGGAAGGAUGCAAGGAGCCGAACUGGCCAAUCAGAACCAGAGGAUGACACAAAGAAGGAAAAGAAAGGCCACCUCUCCCGACCAAUCGGCAGCAAGGAUGAGGAGGAAGAGGAGAAGGGCUCGCGCUGGGACUCCAAGUCCAGCGAGAGGCUCCGCCGCCUGGGCAGCAGCGAGGAGACAGCUGAACCCCGGUCCUCCUCCACCUCCUCCUCCUCCGCCUCCUCCUCCACCACCGGCUCCACAGAAGGGGAGCCCCGGUCGUCGGCCGUGCCCAGCCUGCAGAGGCAGGACUCCGGGCAGCGGAGCAUCAAGGGCAUCCUGAAGAAGAGCCGCUCCACCAGCGUGGACACCGACCCCGGCGGGGUCACGGAGGAGCGCAACGGCACCCACGAAACCUCCUCAAAGGAGGAAGCCAGAGAGGAGGAGGAGGAGGAGGAGGAGGACGACGACAACGUCUAUGAGGAGGUGAAGGAGGAGGAGAAAAAGAACGGAGUGAAAGAGGAAGGCGGGAGGAGAGAGGUGGAUGAGAUGGACCCAAGGGAUGAGAGGAGAAGAGAGGGGGAGCAAGAGGAGAGGAAGAGAGGCGUGCGACGUGAGUCAAGCACAGCAGAAGAGGAACAGCAGGCAGAGGAGGAGGACGAGGAGGAGGAGGAGGAGGAGAGAGAUGAGGGGAAGAGAGGAGUGCAGAUAGGGGAAGAAGAGGAGGAAGAUGAUGAUGAAGAAGAAGAGGAGGAGGUACAUAGGGAGGCGAGGAGGAGAGGAGUGCAGAGAGAGAGAAGCAGCUCCAGUGAUGUGCCGAUGAGUCCGUCUCCCUCUGCGUCUCUGGAGAAGACCUCGUCCUUGUCCCUGUCUGAGGAGGGGGACGAGCAGGACAGCCUGGACGGGAGCAUGAGCUCUUCACUCAAGGAGCGGUAAGAGUGUGUCUGAGAGUUUGUGUGUGUGUGUGUGUGUG